GCAGCCAUUUGAAGCUUUGAGAGCACAUCCUACAAUGGCUAUCAUCAAUCACCUUCUCCGUUCCGCUCUACGGUCUCGGUCGGUCGCAUCUUCAAGACGAGCUUCGGAAUAUGUCGUCCCGACUCCCUUCCUGUCCUGCUUAUAUGGAACACAGCCAUCGGUGCAAACAGAGGAUUCAAAAUACAUUGGGUUUAAGGGACAUGAUAUCAUUACACCUUUUACUACAAGAUGGCAAUGCACAAAUGAAAAUCCACUAGUUAUAGAAAGAUCAGAGGUAACCUUCAUGUGUUGUGUGUUAAACGAAGGGAUAAUAAGACAGAAGAUAUUGUUUUUUCAUUCUACUUUGAAUUUGGAUUCCAUGGUGACACAGGGUUCAUAUGUGUAUGACACUAAUGGAAGGAAGUACCUUGAUUCUCUGGCUGGUCUAUGGUGCACAUCCUUAGGGGGAAACGAACCACGACUUGUAGCAGCUGCAACAAAACAACUAAAUACCUUACCGUUUUACCACUCCUUUUGGAACCAUACGAACAUGCCUUCAUUGGAUCUGGCAAAGGAACUGAUUGAAAUGUUCACAGCUAGAAAAAUGGGGAAAGUCUUUUAUACAAACAGCGGUUCAGAAGCCAAUGAUACUCAGGUCAAGCUGGUAUGGUACUAUAACAAUGCACUUGGAAGACCAAAAAAGAAAAAGUUCAUUGCUCGCUCACUGGCCUACCAUGGUUCAACAUUAAUAGCAGCCAGCCUUACUGGCCUAACAGGUAUGCACCAGCAGUUUGACAUUCCAGCUCCAUUCGCCCUGCACACUGAUUGUCCACAUUACUGGCGUUACCAUUUUCCAGGUGAAACGGAGGAAGAGUUCUCAACCAGAUUAGCUAAAAACUUGGAGGACCUUAUACUUAAGGAGGGGCCAGAGACGAUUGCUGCAUUCAUCGCUGAACCUGUCAUGGGGGCUGGUGGUGCGAUCCUUCCACCUACAACUUAUUUUGAGAAGAUCCAAGCUGUGCUCAAGAAGUAUGAUAUACUUUUUAUUGCAGAUGAGGUAAUCUGCGCCUUUGGAAGACUAGGGGCAAUGUUUGGAUGCGAUAAAUACAAUAUUAAACCAGACCUUGUAUCUCUUGCAAAGGCACUUUCCUCGGCAUAUAUGCCGAUUGGAGCUGUUCUUGUGAGCCCUGAAAUCUCUGAUGUCAUUCACUCUCAAAGUGACAAGCUAGGUUCCUUUGCUCAUGGAUUUACUUAUUCCGGACACCCAACCGCAUGUGCUGUUGCACUUGAAACACUCAAGAUCUACAAGGAAAGGAAUAUUGUGGAGCAAGUAAAUCGCAUCUCCCCGAGGUUUCAAGAUGGCAUAAAAGCUUUCUCUGAUAGCCCUAUCAUUGGAGAGAUAAGGGGGACUGGCUUGGUGUCAGGCACAGAUUUUGUAGACAAUAAAUCGCCAAAUAAUCCAUUCCCUAAAGAAUGGGGAGUUGGUGCAUAUUUUGGAUCUGAAUGUCGGAAAAAUGGUUUGAUAGUACGUGCUGCAGGGGAUAAUAUAACGAUGGCUCCACCAUUUAUCAUCUCUCCUCAAGAAGUUGAUGAGAUAACCAGCAUUUAUGGAAAGGCACUGAAGGCUACUGAAGAGAGAGUGAAGGAAUUGAAGGCUCAGAGGUAGCUGCAAAUGGUAACAAGAAACAGCCUGAAGGAACCGGAUCUUCCCCGUGAUGGCCAAAUGCUUCGUUAAUAAGCUUUUGUCUUACUAAAAGGGUAUGUUUGUGAGACAUAACAAGCCUUGGAUGUUGAAUGAAAGCAGCCUCAUAUUUUGAUCCA